CGGUGGGCAGCGGGCGGUGCGUCUGCUCUCAGCCCGAGGCCUUGGCGAGGCCGGGAGCGGCGGCGGAGGAGAGAGCUGCGGUCACAGCGCGGAAAGUAAAAGUCUGCGUGCUCGCUGGCAGCGUCCAGCUUUGAGAAAAUACAGGCGGCACAUGCGUUUCUUUUAGUAUCUGGGCUUUUAUAGAAAGCAACGUUGCAGGGAAAGUAUGAACUGUGCAGGGACACACGAGUUCGUGAAAUUCAGCCUUUCGGGGCAGCUCAGAGAAAAAGGGGGAAACGGGAGGUGAAGAGCUGGUGUGGGGGCAGCAAGUGGCAGCACAUGAGGAAAAAAUUUUUACACUGAGGGUGGUGAAACACUGGCCCAGGUUGCCCAGAGAGGUGGUAGAUGCCCCAUCCCUGGAGACAUUCAAAACCAGGCUGGACGGGGCUCUGAGCAACCUGAUCUGGUUGAAGAUGUCCCUGCUCAUUGCAGGGGGUUGGACUGGAUGAGCUUUGAAGGUCCCUUCCAACCCAAACUGUUCUAUGAUUCUGUGAGGCUGGGGCAGGCGUGUCCCAUGCCAUUUGACUGCCCAUGCCAGCUGCCGGGUGCCAAUGAGGCCCCUCCAAGAGUUUCCUUCUUGUUGACAGGGCCAUGGGGAAGUCACUUGGUGGGACAGACAGCUGCAAGGCAAAUAUGACAUCAUAGAACAGGCUGGAGUGGCAAACGCCACUAUCGUCACGGGGUUUUCGUCACAGGGAAAGGAAGAGCCUUGGCUGUUGAUUUCACCCAGCUCCCCCAUUCGAGCUUGCAGGGCUCAGAAGGUUAGGCUCAGCGUGCUGAGACCAAAGUCCCAGCAGGCGGAAAACAGGAAAGCUCGGCAUUGGGCAUUUCAGAGAUUUGGGUAGCUGGGCCACGAUGGAUUACUGGAAUUACUACGUCAACAGCAUCCUGGCAGACAGGAACGUAGAAGAUGUGGCUAUUGUGGGCCUCUUCGACAACAAAUGCGUGUGGGCUGCCAAGCCAGGAGGGAUUCUUGCAGCCAUCUCGCCUCAAGAAGUGGGCUUGAUCACAGGCCAGGAUCGGAAAACACUCCUGCUAACGGGAAUCACCGUAGCUGGCAAAAAGUGCAGUGUGAUUCGUGACAACCUGCUCGUGGAUGAAGACAAUGUGAUGGAUGUCAGAAGCAAGGGCAGUGACAGCAGAUCCAUCUGUAUUGGCAAGACCAUCCAAGCCCUGAUCUUCCUCAUGGGCAAGAAGGGAGUCCAUGGAGGAGCCCUCAACCAAAAGGUCCACGAUAUCAUUGUGGGCAUGAAAGUAUGAAGCAAAUAGUGCCAAAGAGACAGACACCUUUUGCCUGAGCACAGGGGCAUGGUUGUUGCUAUAUCAGAGAAGGGAAAUAUACCUGAUUUUGU